AUGCUGCGAUCAUCGCUAAGAUCUUCCACCAGAACCUUGACCCAGCGCUGCUCGGUUAGUUGUGCAAUCUCCGUCCAGUCUAGAUCACUCGUUUACGUCAAUACAUCUUCUUCAGCAUCUUCAUCUUCUGCUGCCGUAUCUUCCACUAAGACUGAUAAAAGACCUGCUCGUGGUAUCAAGAAGAGCUUGGAUGCUAUUCUUGUAGCCAAUGGUGUCCGGUACCCGGGAAACGCUGAGACUCUGGCGGCUGUCGAGUCAUUUCUCGGAACUGAGUAUGCACUCCCACCAGAGCUUGUUCUCCAAGUCCUGACACACAAGAGUUUUGCUCACGGUCUUAAGCCUUACAAUGAGAACUUGGCCAUUAUUGGCCGUCAUUUUCUGCGUCUUGUUACUGUUCGAUAUGCUUCUCAACAGGAAUCAUCAAACCCUGGCGCCAUCAAUGGCCACAAUCUUGAUGUGGCUCUUGCCCGUAUCUCAUCUCUUAUGAGCGGUACUCCUGUCACUUCUGAGCUUUGCACUCGUCUCGGCAUUGACAAGCACAUUUUCUGGAAAGACCCCAGUAUACCUGAAGGCAGCAGUAGGAGUGCUCCUGUUUCAGCCACUGUCCGCGCCAAGUCUAUUGAUGCUUUGGUUGGGGCUAUUCUGCUUAAGCUUGGGCAAUUCAAGGCCCAGACUUUUGUUGAAACUAAGCUUUUGACUGGACCAAACUCGUUGAUUGCCAUUGCAAAAUCAGUCUACGAGUAA